CGUCAAAAUGUUGAUGCCAAAAAAGAAUCGUGUAGCAAUUUAUGAACACCUUUUUAAGGAAGGUGUCAUGGUUGCAAAAAAAGAUUAUCAUGCACCAAAACAUCCAGAAUUAGAAUGUAUUCCUAAUCUUCAAGUCAUUAAAGCUAUGCAGUCAUUAAAGUCUAAAGGAUUUGUCAAAGAACAAUUUGCCUGGAGACAUUUUUACUGGUAUUUGACAAAUGAAGGCAUUGAAUAUUUACGUGGAUAUUUGCAUCUACCUCCUGAAAUAGUACCUUCCACACUGAAGAGACAAACUAGAUCAGAAACAACAAGGCCAAGACCUGCAAUAGGUGCAAGAAGUGAAGCAUCUAGACCUACAGAAGACCGUGCUGGAUAUAGACGAGGUCCUGGUGGCCCAGCUGGUCCUGGCGAUAAAAAAGCUGAUGUCGGUGCUGGUACUGGAGAUGUUGAAUUCCGCGGAGGUUUCGGUCGUGGUAAACCACAAUAAUAUUUUAAUGUAAAAUAAAUAAACAUU